GGGGGGGUGGUCUCUGGGUCUAACACAGUGAAUGUCAGACCAUCAACCUUUUAGAGGGUUAAAGCUUUUGUACGAUGCGAGAGAAGGCCAGGGUGAGCAAGGCGAGCGCAUGCGGGACUGGGCAGCAAGCCACAUCCUCUUUCAGGCUUUCGGUUUCUUUGCCUCCAUCUUGCCUGCGAUUUUCGGGUAUCAGAGGAGUUAAGUCUUGACGUGUCGCAGCCAAAGGAGAGCCUAGCCGCGGGUAGGACGAACUCCUCCAUUGGAAAGGAUUUUGAAAGAAAUGAAGAAAACCAUCAGAAAUGCAAUCGGUAGCUUCAUGGCCUUCUGUUGACUGGACUAGACUUUUCUUACUGCUGUUCCUUGGAAUGACACUGUACAGGAUGUCUGCUGAGGUCAUCCAUCAGGUGGAAGAAGCACUUGAUGAAGAUGAGAAGGAGAUGCUUCUUUUUCUGUGCCGAGACGUUGCUGCAGAUGUGGUUCCACUUAAUGUCAGGGACCUUCUGGAUUUUUUAAGAGAGAGAGGAAAGCUGUCUUCUGUGAGCUUGGCUGAGCUGCUCUACAGAGUAAGGCGGUUUGACUUGCUCAAGAGGGUCUUGAAGAUGGACAGACCGACAGCGGAGGCCCUCCUGCGCAGGCACCCACAUCUUAUUUCGGACUAUAGGGUGCUGUUGAUGGAGAUUGGUGAGGGUUUGGAUAAAUCUGAUGUGUCCUCAUUAAUAUUCCUCAUGAGAGAUUAUAUGGGCCGAGGCAAGAUAGCCAAGGAUAAGAGUUUCUUGGAUCUUGUGAUUGAAUUGGAGAAGCUAAACCUGGUUGCUCCAGAUCACUUGGAUUUAUUAGAAAAAUGCCUGAGGAACAUCCACAGAAUAGACCUGAAGACAAAAAUCCAGAAAUACAAGCAGUCUGCUCAAGGAAUGGAAACAAAUUAUGUAAAUGCUCUCCAGACAUCUCUGCCAAACUUGAGUAUUAAGGAUUCUUCAUAUAACCUAAGGCUCCAGAAUGGGAGGAGUAAAGAACACAGACUCAUGAUGGGACAACCUGCCAUUCAGAGAGAACCAGUGAAGACAUCCAUUCAGGAAUCAGAAGCAUUUUUACCUCAGCACGUACUGGAAGAGAGAUAUAAGAUGCAGAGCAAGCCCCUGGGAAUCUGCCUGAUAAUUGAUUGCAUUGGCAAUGACACAGACAUUCUUCAGGAAACCUUCACUUCCCUGGGCUAUGAAGUCAAGCGUUUCUUACAUCUCACUGUGGAAAAUAUAAUGCACAUUCUUGGCCAAGUUGCGCACAUGCCCCAACACAAAGACUACGACAGCUUCGUGUGUAUCCUGGUGAGCCGAGGGGGCUCCCAGAGCGUGUUUGGUGUGGAUCAGACUCGCUCAGGGGUCCCUUUGGAUCAUAUCAGAAGGAUGUUCAUGGCAGAUGCAUGCCCCUCUCUCUCAGGGAAGCCAAAGGUCUUUUUUAUUCAGAACUAUGUGACGUCAGAGGGCCAGCUAGAGGACAGCAGCUUCCUGAAGGUGGAUAGGCCAUCAGUGAAAAGUGCAGAAUCCAAGGCCAGGCAGUCUGGGGCCUGCAUGAUUCACCGAGAAGCUGACUUCUUCUGGAGCCUGUGCAAAGCGGACGUGUCCCUGCUGGAGCGGUCCUCCCCUUUGCCAUCACUGUACCUGAAGUGUCUCUCCCAGAAACUGGGGAAAGAAAGAAAACACUCACUCCUGGAACUCCACAUUGAACUCAACAGCAAGGUGUAUGAUUGGAACAGCAGAGUGUCUGCUAAGGAGAGGUACUGUGUCUGGCUGCAGCACACUCUGAGAAAGAAACUCAUCCUCUCUUGCAAAUGAAAAGCCAAAGGCCCUUCUUAGCUUUGCAGUCUCCAUCGCUAGCCAGAAAGACAAACAUUUAUUUCUCACAGUUCUAGAGACUGGGAAGUCCAAGAUCAAGGUGCUUAUAGAUCAGGUGUCUGGUGAGAACCCGCCUCCAGGUUGGUAGAUGACCCUCUUGUUGUCUCUUCACAUGGCAAAGAGAACAGAGAGAAAGCAG